AUAUCUAUAAAUGUUUGUCUAACUGAUUCAUUUUGAGGCAACACAUCAACAUCAUUCUUAAUUAUCCUAUCAAAUUGAAAAUGACUAUUACCAUCACUUCACUAACUAUGAACAAAUGGUUUUCUAGAACAAUAGAGGCAAUAACAAAGUGUCAAGAAGUUCUUUUUAAUAGUUCUGCAUUUGAGAAAUUCAUGAAAGCCAUGGAGAGAUUUCUUUUUGCUGCAUUCACUUGCAUUUUAGCACUAGGAGGGUCAAUAAUAGGAACAAUAGCAGGAGCUAUCAAAGGUCAGACCACAGAAACUGGUUUUCUUGAUGGAGCUGGAAAAGGAGCAAUUGCAGGAGCCAUUGCAGCCAUAGAACUGAUGAGUUUUGCUUCUGUGGCUGAGCCAUUUUCCAAGGUUGCGUUGUUGAGAAGUUUAUUAAAUGGGAAAGUGUUUAUGGAAUGGAUAUGUCCAACUGUUGCACAAGCUUAUUUGUUUUAUAUAAAUUCACUAGAAACAGCUUAUGGAGCAGUGCUUUCAGAUAUUUAUGACGACUUGGGAGUUAAGGGGAUGCAACAAAGUUGUAUUAUGAAGCUUCCAUGUCAGCAAUUCAGCUCCAACAAAAUGAUGAAAUUAUACAAUGAAUCAUGUUGCUCAAUUUGCAUCCAGGAUUUUGAGAAUGAAGAAUUGGUGAGAUUACUUCCAAAAUGUAGCCACAUUUUUCAUUUAGAGUGCAUUGACAAGUGGCUAGUACAACAAGGAUCAUGUCCUAUUUGUAGAACUUACGUUCCUGACCAUAUUAAUUCGUGAAUAGUUUCGUAUUUGUUGUAAAAUAGAUAGGUUAAGCAAAUUGGGAAAUGAUAAAUACAGUGACAAAAAUUAUCAAGAAAAU